AUGAGGUUCUGUACAAUUACGUGUGUCUUGCUGUCCAUUCUGGCUGUGAUCACCGCAGAAUUCUCCGCCGAAGAUUGCCGGGAAUUGGGCCUUAUCAAAUCGCAGCUGUUUUGUUCAUCGUGCAGUAGCUUAAGCGAUUAUGGACUGAUUGAACUGAAGGAACACUGCUUAGAAUGCUGCCAAAAGGACACUGUCGGCGAUUCAAAGCUAAAAGUAUAUCCGAUGGCGGUGCUAGAGGUGUGCACGUGCAAGUUCGGAGCGUACCCACAGAUACAGGCAUUUAUUAAGAGCGAUCGACCGGCAAAGUUCCCCAACCUUACCAUUAAGUACGUGCGCGGUUUGGAUCCGAUCGUGAAGCUGAUGGAUGAGCAAGGCAACGUGAAGGAGACGCUUUCCAUCACGAAAUGGAACACUGACACGGUGCAAGAGUUUUUCGAGACACGAUUGGCGAAGGUUGAAGAUGACGAUUACCUGAAAACUAAUCGCGUUUGA